CCUCAACAGUGCCAGAGCCUCAGGGAGAAGAGGAGGUGGCAGAAGAGGAGGAGGAAGAUGAUCCUGAGCAAGUUGUUGUGGAGAAUGAGAGUUAUGUGAACCUCAAGAAAAAGCUUUCCAGAAAGUAUGAUGUGCAGGCAAAGUCUCUGUAUAAUGAAAAUGUUAAAAUCUGCGCACAAUUUCGGCUGAAAAAGUCUUCCAGGCACUUCCAGUCUAUGUUGUAUGAAAGACAGAAGCUCCCUGCGUGGCAAGAGAGAGAAACCAUUCUUGAUUUGCUGAAGAGCCACCAAGUUCUUGUUGUGAGCGGCAUGACGGGAUGUGGGAAAACCACUCAGAUUCCUCAGUUUAUUUUGGAUGCUUCAUUGCAAGGAUCUCCAAGCGGAGUUGCAAACAUCAUCUGCACUCAGCCUCGCAGGAUCUCUGCCAUUUCUGUGGCUGAACGUGUAGCCAAAGAAAGAACAGAAAGGAUUGGACUCACUGUUGGAUAUCAGAUCCGUCUGGAAAGUGUAAAGUCCUCAGCUACCAGACUCUUGUACUGCACUACUGGUGUGCUGUUGAGAAGGCUGGAAGGAGAUCUGACUUUGCAGGGAAUCACACAUGUUAUUGUUGAUGAAGUUCACGAAAGAACAGAAGAAAGUGACUUCUUGCUGCUGGUUUUGAAGGAUAUCAUGGUUCAGAGGCCGGACCUGCGCAUCAUACUAAUGAGUGCCACCUUGAAUGCAGAGCUUUUUUCUCAAUACUUUCACUCCUGCCCAAUUAUUAACAUACCAGGUCGAACAUUUCCUGUGGAUCAGUUUUUUCUGGAAGAUGUGAUUGCAAUGACAAGGUAUGUUUUAGAGGACAGUAGUCCUUACAGACGCAAAACAAAGCAAGAAAAUAAACAGAAUGGAAGACACAAAAGAACUGCAUUUGAAGAAGUAGAGGAGGACCUGAGACGUGCUGGCAUUCUGGAAGGCACUGACACAGUUGUCAGAGAUUCAGACCCAGACCAAAAAUUAACUCUGAAGCAGCUCCUUACACGAUAUAAAGGGGUUAACAAGACAGUGUUGAAAACAAUGUCUGUCAUGGACUUGGACAAAGUUAAUCUGGAAUUAAUUGAAGCCUUGCUGGAAUGGAUAGUUGCUGGCAAGCAUUCAUACCCCCCAGGUGCUGUGUUGAUAUUUUUGCCUGGUCUAGCAGAAAUCAAGAUGCUUUAUGAGCAGCUCCAGUCUAAUGCUCUUUUUAAUAACCGGCACAGCAAGAGGUGUGUUGUUUAUCCGCUUCAUUCUUCACUGUCUAGUGAAGAGCAGCAGUCUGUGUUCCUCAGACCUCCUGCAGGAGUUAUCAAAAUCAUCAUCUCUACAAACAUCGCAGAAACAUCUGUCACCAUUGAUGAUGUGGUCUAUGUGAUUGAUUCUGGAAAAAUGAAAGAGAAAAGAUAUGACCCAAGCAAAGGAAUGGAAAGUCUGGAAGACACAUUUGUGUCCAAGGCCAAUGCUUUGCAAAGAAAGGGGCGAGCAGGUCGUGUAGCCUCAGGCGUCUGCUUUCAUCUUUUCAGUAGCCAUCACUAUAACCAUCAGCUCAUAAAACAGCAGCUACCAGAAAUACAAAGAGUGCCCUUGGAGCAGCUUUGUCUAAGAAUUAAGAUUCUGGAGAUGUUUUCUGCACAGAGUCUUCACUCUGUCUUAUCACAACUAAUUGAACCCCCUAGAACUGAGUCUUUGCAGGCAUCAAAGCUGCGACUACAGGAUUUAGGAGCACUAACUCCAGAUGAAAAGCUCACUCCUCUGGGAUAUCACUUGGCUUCUCUGCCUGUCGAUGUCAGGAUUGGCAAGCUAAUGCUGUUUGGCACCAUCUUCCGCUGCCUGGAUCCUGCACUAACUAUAGCAGCCAGUCUGGCCUUUAAGUCGCCUUUUGUGUCACCAUGGGAUAAAAGGGAAGAAGCCAACAAAAAGAAGUUGGAGUUUGCAGUAGGAAACAGUGACUACCUGGCUCUUCUCCAGGCCUAUAAGGGAUGGCGUUUAAGUAUCAAAGAGGGCUCUCAGGCAAGCUACAACUACUGCAGGGAGAACUUUUUGUCAGGAAGAGUUCUUCAGGAAAUUGCCAGUCUGAAACGGCAAUUCACAGAGCUGCUUUCUGACAUUGGGUUUGUGAAGGAGGGAUUAAGAGCCAGGGACAUUGAGAAGAAGUGGUCCCAAGGAGGCGAUGGUGUGUUGGAUGCCACAGGAGAAGAGGCAAAUUCAAAUGCAGAGAACAUCAAGCUGAUCUCAGCUAUGUUGUGUGCUGCACUGUAUCCCAACGUUGUCCAGGUGAAAAAGCCAGAGGGCAAAUACCAGAAGACCAGUACAGGAGCGGUCAAAAUGCAACCAAAAGCAGAAGAGCUGAAGUUUGUUACCAAAAACGAUGGGUGUGUUCACAUUCACCCUUCAUCUGUGAAUUAUCAGACGAGGCACUUUGAGAGCCCCUACCUGGUGUAUCACGAGAAAAUCAAGACGAGCCGCGUGUUCAUUCGGGACUGCAGCAUGGUGUCGGUGUACCCGCUGGUCCUGCUGGGAGGUGGCCAGUUUCACAUGCAGCUGCAGAAGGGAGAAUUUGUCAUUUCUCUUGAUGAUGGAUGGAUACGGUUUGUGGCUGCUUCUCACCAG